GGUGUCGUUAGUCUUAUUUAGUUUGUUUUUGUUCUUGCUACGUUGAAGUUUGUGCUGUGAUCCAGAAACCAGGACUGUUAUUCAUGAACUUUGUUACCUGGAUCUCCUCUUAGCCUGCACUGGAAUUUGUGUUGAAGGAAAACUAAGAAUAAAGGUGGCCUUUUGUUUGACCCAUGAGUCUUCCAAAAGACUCAACAUUGGUACGCUGAUGCUGCUACAUAUUUUGACAAUUAAACUAUCCCUCUGUUUUUUCAAAGUGUGAGAUACUCUUAUCCUGGUAGUUUUAAGGCAUUACACUGGCUGAGUCCCUGCCAUGGAGGUGGCCCUGGUUGACUUUGAAAGCCUGGAGGACAUUGAUGGCUGCCUUGAAGAUGAGGUUGACGCCUAUGCUGAUGAGACGACAGCUCUCACAGUGGGUGUUCCUCCUGAGCAAAAUAGCCCAGACAUCAACGACCUUCUACGAGCCAAUCAACUGUGCUUCACCCCUUCUCAUUACAGCCCUAAACCCUCCUACGUUUGGGAAUCCACCUCAUCUUCACCCAUUCCACAAACACAAACACUAAGAGUACCUCAGUCACCAGCAAUGCCAUCCCCAAGCAGAAAGGGUCAUAGUAGUUGUGCCAGCAUGAUCUCCAACUGGAAACUGCUGUUAAAUAGUGAAGGAGUUCAGGAAAGUGAAACAAUCUUCAGACGGCUCACGAAGGAGUGCUGUGAGGAUCUGUUUGCAGAUAAAAGAGGGCUGGAUGAUGGAGACCAGAAGGUAAUCAUCAACAUCGCUGGUCUUCGCUUUGAGACACAGCUCAAAACACUGGACCAGUUCCCUGAAACACUUCUUGGAGACCCUUUCAAGAGGAUGGAAUACUUUGAUCCAAUGAGGAAUGAAUACUUCUUUGAUCGGAAUCGACCAAGUUUUGAUGGGAUCUUGUAUUACUAUCAGUCCGGCGGUAAAAUUAGAAGACCAGCUAAUGUUCCCCUCGAUGUGUUUGCUGAUGAAAUUGUAUUCUAUGAGCUUGGACAUGAAGCCAUGGAACAGUUCAGAGAAGAUGAAGGAUUCAUAAAAGAUGUUGACAUACCUCUCCCUAAAAAUGAAAUGCAUAGGCAAUUUUGGCUGCUGUUUGAAUAUCCAGAAAGCUCUAAUGCAGCACGGGGAGUAGCACUUGUUUCUGUCCUGGUCAUUGUCAUAUCCAUCAUAAUUUUCUGCAUGGAGACGCUGCCGGAAUUCAGAGAUGACUCUGAUCUAGUUGUUCCCACAGCAGUACAACAUAUCAACAAAUCCAGAGGUUCUCCUUCUGGUUCUUUGUCUGGUGCAAAGCUGAAAACAUUCUCUGAUCCUUUCUUCUUUAUUGAGACUGCCUGCAUAUCUUGGUUUGCCUUCGAGCUGUGCAUUCGAUUUGUGGUUUGCCCAAGCAAAAGUGAGUUUUUCCACAACCUCAUGAACAUGAUUGACAUCAUAUCCAUUAUCCCCUACUUUGUGACUUUGAUCACAGAACUGGCCACAACCCCUCAGGAGAGCUCUGGACAGAACAUGUCUUUGGCCAUUUUGCGUAUCAUCCGCUUGGUCAGAGUGUUCCGUAUUUUCAAAUUGUCACGUCACUCUAAGGGACUGCAGAUCCUGGGACAGACUCUGAAGGCAAGCAUGCGUGAACUUGGGUUGCUUAUCUUCUUCCUUUUCAUUGGAGUGAUUCUCUUCUCCAGUGCCAUCUACUUUGCUGAGGUAGAUGACCCAGAUACACAGUUUGUCAGCAUUCCCGAUGGGUUUUGGUGGGCUGUUGUCACCAUGACGACUGUAGGCUAUGGAGACAUGUGUCCUAUAACCCUUUGGGGUAAGUUGGUGGGCACCUUGUGUGCAAUAGCAGGUGUGUUGACAAUUGCUUUGCCAGUUCCCGUCAUUGUUUCCAACUUCAACUACUUCUACCACAGAGAAACAGAAGCAGAAGACAAGGUUCCCAUGACAGAGGCUCUCGAGCAAGCCAUAAAGGCUGAAGAAAGUAACAAACGGGGUAGCAAUAAUUCACUUAAUAAAGCCAAUGGUAUCUGACAGAGUGAAAGAAAUUAACUGUUGACUAACAGAGAGACUUUCCAUCAAGCAGCAAAGAUAUUCAGUGGAGAAGAUAAUAAGAAUACAAUUUUAGUAAGAAGAAAUCCAAAGAAUGGACUUAUGGACUGAAUAAAUUGUUAUUGUUUCUGUGAAAAAUAGAUUUUAUAAUAACAAGCACACUUACCUCUUUUGUUUUUAUAUAAAAAUGGCACUUUGUGGAUUUGUAUGUAAAUUCAACCUGUUUAUGUUAA